UGAUCCACAUGGUGUCGUUGUGGCGCCAAACAAAACCAGUGAACCCGAAGCACCAAGCCUUAUCGUGUCAGUGCCCCGAGUUUCAGAGGUUACAACACAACAAUGUCGUUAACCAUGGCUUCCCUCUCAAAGCCUGCCACCAGUGAACUUCUUUUCUACCCAAAAUGUUCCAAAAUCAUCCGCCAGAAAUGGCGAAUCAGAGCCUCUUCUGCUGCCCCUGGCGUCGACCUCAAGAGCCUCGAAUCCGCCAUUGCCAAGAAAGAUAGCACUGCCGUUAAAGAGGCACUCGAUCAGCUGAAUGAAGUUGGUUGGGCCAAGAGAUGGAGUUCUCAGCCAUAUGUUUCCCGCCGUAUGGUCAGUCUCCAUUACAAGUAUGAAGUUCUGGGAAGUGGUACUCAAAACAUUAGCCACACCUUCAAACCCAUGCAUACAUGUAUAUGAAUAACACAUCUCUUCGGGAAUUGACAACCCUUGGAAUGAAAAAUGCCGAGAACCUUGCAAUCCCAAGUGUCAGAAAUGAUGCGGCUUUCCUUUUCACUGUGGUCGGCACAACAGGAUUUUUAGGCGUUCUUGCUGGUCAGCUUCCUGGGGACUGGGGUUUCUUCGUGCCUUACUUGAUUGGAAGCAUAUCUUUAGUUGUUUUGGCUGUGGGAAGCACUUCUCCUGGGCUUCUUCAGGCUGCUAUUGGUGGCUUUUCAUCAUUUUUUCCUGAUUAUCAAGAGAGGAUUACCAGUCAUGAAGCAGCUCAUUUUUUAGUUGCUUAUUUAAUUGGCCUUCCCAUUCUGGGCUAUUCACUGGAUAUUGGAAAAGAGCAUGUCAAUCUCAUUGAUGAAAGGCUGGAAAAGCUGAUAUACAGUGGGCAGCUUGAUUCCAAGGAACUAGACAGGUUGGCAGUGGUAGCAAUGGCUGGACUGGCAGCCGAAGGUCUGAAAUAUGACAAAGUGGUUGGUCAAUCAGCUGAUCUUUUCACUCUGCAGAGAUUUAUUAACAGAAGCAAGCCACAGCUUAGCAAAGAACAGCAACAGAAUCUCACUAGAUGGGCUGUUUUGUUUGCAGGAUCCCUCAUAAAAAAUAACAAGGUGAUUCAUGAUGCCUUAAUCUCAGCAAUGUCAAAGAAGGCAACUGUAUUGGAAUGCAUUGAGGCCAUUGAAAAAGCUUCAUAGUUAGAUCAGAAUCUUCGUGAAGAUUAUUUUUUGCAUCAUACUUGAACUUCCAAACAUGUAGCUUUUCAUCAUUCCUGGCCUCAAGUCAUUUUUGCAAUGGAAGCGAUGUAGAUGGUUUUCAAGAGUACCUUUGCCUGCUAGGCUACUAAAUAUUUGUUCCCUAUAUCUAUAUGUAAUUAAUUUAGCAUGAACAACCAUUGCUGAAGUUUUUUACCCAUAUGUAAUUAAUUAAUAAUUAUAUAUAUGGUAUUUAUAUAAUAAUAAAUAUCACAUAUAUAUAUAUCCUCUUGGUUAUUGCUGUUA